GUCAUUUUGACCGUUUUGGAGUGUGAAGAAGCGGCCGAACAUCCAAUCAACCGACCGGUCACCGUACCUUUCUGGGUCCCGCCGGUACAAGACACCGUCAGUCGUAACCUCAGCGCCUCGGUGUUCAUGGGGAGGAGAGGCUGCUAGCGGGAGGCAGAGCUGGAGGACACCGGCGGAGGUGGAAGUAGCCUCGGAGCUAAACAAGACAAACGACCCCUGAUAAACAGUCUCUACACGGGAGACACACGUUUCUGGCACUGCGUAGACCUGCAGGCCUGACACCUGGGCACUAGAGAAGGCACCUUAAGGUGCUAGACAGAAAGCAGCAUGGCAGGGGCCUCUGUGAAGGUGGCGGUGCGUGUCCGCCCCUUCAAUUCAAGAGAGAUCGGAAAAGAUAGCAAAUGCAUCAUUCAGAUGACUGGAAACACCACCACCAUCGUCAACCCCAAGCAGGCCAAAGACAACAAGAGCUUCAACUUUGAUUACUCCUACUGGUCCCAUACCUCGCCAGAGGACAUCAAUUAUGCCUCCCAGGUGCAAGUGUACAAAGACAUCGGAGAGGAAAUGUUGCUGCACGCGUUCGAGGGAUACAACGUCUGCAUCUUUGCUUACGGGCAGACAGGCUCUGGCAAGUCCUACACCAUGAUGGGGAAGCAGGACGUCAAGGACCAACAAGGAAUCAUUCCCCUGCUGUGUGAAGAUCUUUUCACUAAGUUCAAUGACAAUGGAGACAAUAGCAAGUCAUAUUCUGUGGAGGUAAGCUACAUGGAAAUCUACUGUGAACGUGUGCGGGACUUACUGAACCCCAAGAACAAAGGAAACCUGCGAGUGCGAGAACAUCCUCUGAUGGGGCCCUAUGUGGAGGAUCUGUCCAAGCUGGCUGUCACCUCCUACAACGACAUCCAGGACCUCAUGGACUCUGGCAACAAGGCCAGGACUGUGGCUGCCACCAACAUGAAUGAGACAAGCAGCCGCUCUCAUGCCGUCUUUAACAUCAUAUUCACUCAGAAACGCCUCGAUGCUGAGACUGAUAACACCACUGAGAAGGUCAGCAAAAUCAGUCUGGUGGAUUUGGCUGGCAGUGAGAGGGCAGACUCUACUGGAGCCAAAGGGACCAGGCUUAAGGAAGGAGCAAAUAUCAAUAAAUCUCUCACUACACUGGGGAAAGUCAUCUCUGCUUUGGCAGAAGUGGACUCUGGGUCAAACAAAAACAAAAAGAAGAAGAAAGUGGAACACCACAUCCCCUACAGAGAUUCAGUUUUGACCUGGCUACUGAGAGAAAAUUUGGGGGGGAAUUCUCGUACUGCCAUGGUUGCUGCCCUGAGUCCGGCUGACAUCAAUUAUGACGAGACCCUCAGCACACUCAGGUAUGCAGACCGAGCAAAACAGAUUCGCUGCAACGCUGUGAUCAACGAGGACCCCAACAACCGGCUGGUGCGCGAGCUGAAGGAGGAGGUGUCCCGUCUGAAAGACCUCCUCUGCUCCCAGGGCCUGGGGGACAUCAUCGACUCGUACCGAGCGUCUGGUGCUGACAUUGAGGGUUUGAAAUUGACCAAUGCCAUGACGGGGAUGAGUCCCUCUCCGUCUCUCUCAGUCCUGUCCAGCCGGGCCGGAUCCAUCGCCAGUCUGCACGACCGCAUCAUGUUCAGCCCGGGCAGCGAGGAGGCCAUCGAGAGGCUGAAGGAAACAGAGAAAAUCAUUGCUGAACUCAAUGAGACUUGGGAGGAGAAACUUCGCCGAACGGAGGCCAUCAGAAUGGAAAGAGAGGCCUUGCUGGCAGAAAUGGGUGUAGCAAUGCGAGAAGACGGCGGGACAGUGGGUGUGUUUUCUCCUAAGAAGACGCCUCAUCUGGUGAAUCUAAACGAGGAUCCCCUGAUGUCUGAGUGCCUGCUGUACUACAUUAAAGACGGGAUCACCAGGGUAGGUCGUGUAGACGCCAACAGUCGUCAGGAUAUAGUCCUCAGCGGACAUUUCAUCAAGGAUGAGCACUGCACCUUCACCAGUUCUACUGGUCCAAUGGGAGAGACGGUUGUCCUGGAGCCCUGUGAAGGAGCUGAGACUUAUGUCAACGGAAAGAGAGUGGCAGAGCCCACUGUCCUUAAAUCAGGAAAUCGCAUCAUCCUGGGGAAGAGCCAUGUGUUCCGGUUCAACCACCCUGAGCAGGCCAGGGCUGAGAGGGAGAAGACUCCGUGUGCAGAGACCCCCGCUGAGCCGGUGGACUGGGCCUUCGCUCAGAGGGAGCUGCUGGACAAACAGGGCAUCGACAUGAAACAGGAAAUGGAACAGAGGCUGCAGGAGCUGGAGGACCAGUAUCGUAAAGAAAGAGAGGAAACAAACAACCUCCUGGAGCAGCAAAGACUGGAUUAUGAGAGCAAGCUGGAGGCUCUUCAGAAGCAAGUGGACAGUUACUACCCAGAAACCCUUGAAGAGGAGGAGGAGCCAGAAGAGGAAGUGCAAUGGACAGAGAGGGAACUAGAGCUGGCUGUGUGGAGCUUCCGUAAGUGGCGCUGCUACCAGUUCACCUCUCUGAGGGACCUGCUGUGGGGGAACGCCAUCUUCCUGAAGGAGGCCAACGCCAUCAGUGUGGAGCUUAAGAAGAAGGUCCAGUUCCAGUUUGUGCUGCUCACAGACACCCUUUACUCCCCCCUGCCUCCAGACCUGCUGCCCCCAGAGGAAGCUAAGGACAUAGAGAAGAGACAGUUCCCACGCACCAUUCUGGCCGUGGAGGUGCAGGAUCAGAAAAAUGGAGCCACUCACUACUGGACAUUAGAAAAACUGAGGCAAAGACUGAACCUGAUGAGAGAAAUGUACGAUCGCGCUGCUGAUGUACCCAACAACACCACUGAAGACGGUGAAAAUGUGAUGACCGGAGGAGACCCCUUUUAUGACCGCUUCCCCUGGUUCCGUCUGGUUGGCAGAAACCCCAUUUUCAACACAUGCAUGAGCGAGCGCAUGAGUGACCCUACUCCAUCCCCGACCCUCUCCAAUUCUGAAAUUACCGAGCUGGCUGAGCCGCAGAGGGAGGGUCGAGGGGAGAAGGAGGAGUUGGAAGAGUUGGAGGACCUGGAUGAUGAUAUCUUUUUGGACGACCCGUGCUCGGAGCUCGGGGGAGAGGAUGAUGAUGAUGAUGAGGAUGGAUAUGAUGAUGAGAGAGAGCUCUGCCGUGGCUCCGGCGAAGGCCAGGAUCCCUUUUACGACCGCUCACCAUUAUUCAGUGUAGUGGGAAGGGCUUUUGUUUAUCUGAGCAACCUGCUGUAUCCAGUUCCUCUGGUCCACCGGGUGGCCAUCGUGAGUGAGAAGGGCGAGGUGAAGGGCUUCCUGCGAGUGGCGGUGCAGGCUAUAUCAGCUGACGAGGAAGCUCCAGACUACGGCUCAGGAGUGAGGCAGUCAGGCACUGCCAAAAUCUCCUUUGAGGAUAAGCAAUAUGAAAAGUUCCAGUCCGAGUCCUGCUCUGUGGGACUGUCCCACUCAGGGGUUUCACAGGAGGAGCUCCGUAUUGUGGAGGGGGAGGGGCAGAUCGCAGAGCUGGGACCCUCAGCCGAUGAGGUCAACAAUAACACAUCUGGUGCCGAUGAGCCCGAGAAUCCAGUAAAGAGUCUGGAUGGGCCACUGGACACAGCCCUGGAGCACCUGAGGAUUGGUAAUGUCUUCACCUUCAGGGUGACGGUUCUGCAAGCCUCCAGCAUUUCUGCAGAAUAUGCUGACAUCUUCUGCCAGUUCAAUUUCAUCCACCGUCAUGAUGAGGCCUUCUCCACUGAACCCUUAAAGAACACAGGCUGCGGCCCCCCUCUUGGCUUCUACCAUGUGCAGAAUAUUGCUGUUGAAGUGACUAACUCCUUUGUGGACUACAUCAAGACUCAGCCCAUUGUGUUUGAAGUGUUUGGACACUACCAGAAACAGCCUUUUCUCCCCCUCUGUAAAGACGUCAUCAGUCCACUACGUCCCUGCAGAAGACAGUUUCCAAGAGUGAUGCCUCUGUCCAAACCAGUACCGGCGACCAAGCUGACAGCCAUGACCCGCCCUCAGGCCGGACCCUGUCACUGCAAAUAUGAUCUCAUGGUGUUCUUUGAGAUCUGCGAGCUGGAGGCCACUGGAGAGUACAUCCCUGCUGUGGUGGACCACAGAGGAGGAAUGCCUUGCCAUGGCACAUACCUACUGCAUCAGGGCCUCCAGAGGAGAAUCACUGUUACUAUUGUACACGAGUCAGGAGGUGAAUUGGAAUGGAAAGACAUCCGUGAGCUUGUUGUGGGUCGUCUCCGCAACAUGCCUGAAGCUGAUGAGACCAUCAUCGACCCCAACAUCCUGUCCCUCAACAUCCUGUCUGCUGGCUAUGUCAGGCCCAUGCGAGAUGACCGACAGUUUCUUGAUUCGGACAUGCCUAGCAUUUCCUCGGGAGUUGACCAUAGGACUUUCUUCCGCUUCGAGGCUGCUUGGGACAGCUCCAUGCACAACUCCCUGCUUCUAAACAGAGUCACUCCAUAUGGAGAGAAGAUCUACAUGACCCUCUCGGCCUACCUGGAGAUGGAGAACUGCACCCAGCCCGCAAUCAUAACCAAAGAUAUCUGCAUGGUGUUUUACUCACGAGACACAAAGCUCUCAGCCUCGCGCUCCAUCCGGAACCUUUUUGGCACUGGAAGCCUGAGAGCGGCAGACGGAAACCGUGUUACUGGAGUUUAUGAGGUCAGCAUGUGUAACCUGGCAGAUGCAGGAAGCCCAGGUAUGCAGAGGAGACGUAGGCGGGUGCUGGACACCUCCGUGGCCUACGUCCGCGGGGAGGAGAACCUGGCCGGGUGGAGGCCCCGAAGUGACAGCCUCAUUCUGGACCACCAGUGGGAGCUGGAGAAACUCAGCCUCCUGCAAGAUGUGGAGAAGACCAAGCAUUACCUCUUGCUGAGGGAGAAACUGGAGUCUACAAUGCUCAUGGGCCAGGAUUCCCUGCAGUCCUGCGUCACCGAGGACCUGAAUGAGACUCCUCAGCCCCCCGAGGUGGAGCAGGAGGUCAGCUGCAGCUCUGAGAUCACCGAGAGGCAGAGGGAGCUCGCUGCCAAGUGUUUGCGGCUGCUCACUCACUCCUUUAACCGAGAAUACACUCACGUGUGUGUCAGCGCCAGUGAAAGCAAGCUCUCAGAGAUGUCCAUCACAAUGCUCAGAGACUCAGCUUCAAUCUCUGCUCUCAACACCAUCACACCUUCCUCAACAUGCCCUUCGCUGGUUGAUGGUUGCUAUGGCAACACUGAACUCAGACCCCCGAUGCCUCGCUCCCGUGCGGUCAGCCCCAGUCCUGACACACAGCAGGACGCAGAGAAGAAGUCCAUCACCGGGGCCUAUGAAAGCAGAGCCCGGAGCCGCAGGUUCUUCCCCGACAUCCAGGAGAUCAGAGUCAGCCCCAUCGUGUCAAAGAAGGGAUACAUACAUUUCUUGGAGCCGAACACUAACGGGUGGGUGAAGCGCUACGUGGUGGUGCGGCGGCCGUACGUCUACAUCUACAACACAGAGAGAGACUCUGUGGAGCGUGCUAUCCUCAACCUGUCCUCGGCUCAGGUGGAGUACAGCGAGGACCAGCAGGCCAUGCUGAAGACCCCGUACACAUUUGCCGUCUGUACAGAACAUCGUGGAAUAUUGCUUCAAGCCAUUAAUGACAAAGAGAUGCAUGACUGGCUCUAUGCGUUUAAUCCCCUCCUUGCAGGAACUAUCAGGUCAAAGCUGUCGAGAAGACGAGCCGGACCGAUGAGGAUGUGAGACGAGACAGAAGGAUGAACGCAGAGACUAAGAUGUACAUAGAUCCUUGUCCUUGUCCCUCCCCUUGUGCUGCCCCCCCCUCCCCCAGCCCCACUACAACAGUCUCCAACAACUAUCUUACCCCUGUACGUCCUCAGCUUAUCACUAGUGUCCUCAGCACCUAAAGCGCCCAUUUUUGUGUCAGGCUUUUGCUGCGGUGUGACUGUAGUCUGAAGAAACUCUUCAAAAAGCUGUCACUUUCCUGUACUGAGGUUUAUUCAUAGCUGGACGAUUGGAGAAGACUGGAGGAAGUAGCACCAGUUUCUUAUCUCAGAUUACAUACGUAUGGUAAUGUACUGUAGUUGUUGUCGGUGACACAUCAAGCCUUAGUCAUUUAAUCCUCAAAAAAAUGCAGUGACGUUUACUUUUGAUGUGAAGCUGUCAUGUCAGCGAGAUCACAUUGCUUCAUUUGCAUCAGUAAAUAUAGAAAAAAACAUCCAGAAUGUUCUCUUCUCUACAGCUAUAUACAGUAUAUAUACAGUGUCUAAACUGGUUUGCAUUCAGCUAAAACAUACACGCUUAAAGAAAAUAAAGGACAGUUGAGUGUAAUUCUUUAGAAUAAUCUUCUUUCCUGCACCGUGAAUCCUGACAUGGAGCAAUCUGCUGUCCUACUCCUAAACUUCUCAGAAACGUUAGCACACACAGCCUGGCAAAGGAACAUCUCAUCUUAGACCUUAUGUUAUGUGGCAUUCUGAUCAAUCCAUGUCAUGUUUUAGCUUCUCUUAGGAGCACCGAGGGUAUCUACAUUCACACCAAAAGAAAUUCAAUGUCAUCACCAAUAAUCCUCCCAAUUGAAUCCCAUUCUCUACCUGAAUUGUAUUUGUUUAAAAUGUGAUAUAUUUAGAUAUUUAACAGCUUUAUUAUUUAUUUCUGCAUGUAUUUAUUUACAAAGACAUUUAUAUUUCUAAAAUAGUAGUACUGUGCAAUUUCUGCACAUCGCACUUUUUAAUAUGAGUUCCUUAAAUGUUUGAAUAAGACAGCAUUGUGCCCAUACAGCUAUUUAAACGGCUGAAUAAUUUACGAUUGGCCAAUUUCUUUGUGAAGCUGAAAAUGACUUGAAUAAUACUAUCCCCUGUAAGAUUUGGAUAGUCACACCUGACCUUUGACCCCUACUAAUAUACAUCUGAAAAGGUCGAUGUGUUGUCAGACAUAAAGAUGGUCUGUCCAUCCGCAGCUGCACAAAGCUACCUUGUUAAAUAAUCAAAAGUAUCAAUGUUCCUCACAGUACAGAAUAAGAAACUCGUUUUCUGAAUGAUAUGUAUAUUGAUUCAAUGUAGUGCCUCUCUUUUCAAUCAGACUGUACAGUAUGCCUCUGCACCAGUUGCUUUGAAACUACAUUCUCCAUGCUGCUACUGUUCUGGAAGUGUCUGCCGAUCAUACUGUACCUUUCUGCUUAUCAUCAUCACCUACAUUAUCAGACAGAAAUCUAUUACAUAUCUUAACUGGCAAUCGGAUGUCAUUAAUUGUCCAUAACACAGAGUAUACUUCAAGGACGUAACGUCUGAUUUGAACCCUGAGAGGGAAGGAAAAUCAUUUUGUUGAUGCAUUUCCUAAGUCUGAUCUUCUUUAAGGGGAUUUUCAGGUACAGUUUGUAACAUUUCUGUGAUAUGUUUCUUCUGGCUAGAAAUCAUGAAUCCUAUUUAAAACACAUGGUAGAGGUGCACUAAAGCCUCUUGUGGCCUAAAUGAGUAUUACAACAAGAACAACCAAGAACCCUCAUUUAAAAUAAACGUCUUUCCUAUCAAAAAAAUGUAGGAACUAAGAAAGAUUAUCCUGGCAAAACCUUUUUCUCCACCUGAUAACUCGUAACAAAAGAAAAUGAUUUCGAUCAGACUUAGAAAAUGUAUACCUUCGAUCUUUGCUACAGUGCAUUUUGUAUACAUUGCAUUCCUGAUAAUUAUGAAUCUGAAAGCUCCUGAACUAGUGACAGAUUCAGCGUGUGAGAUGUUGUGUGAAGUUUAAGGAUGAGCAUGCCUCAGGUCAGCCAGCCUAGAGAGCGUGCUACAGAAGAGACAUUUCACCUGCAAACUAAGACAACAUCUCAAAGCAUUCAACUGUUAACAAUAUGAUUUGUUGUAAGAUGGCACAGUAAAUGGGAGCAGGGGAUUACAUUCUAACUGCAAUUUAAGUAUUUGUUUUUAUUCAAGCAUAUAUCCCGAGAUUUGAAAGUAUUCUGUCGGUUGUGGGCAAUUGUUUGAAGUGAUCCAUUCAAAACCUUGUAAAUCCUCCAUAGCUGUCAGCAGUUGUGGCUAAUCAGGCGGUCUAAUGUGUGUUCAUUUCUUUUGUUGGCUGUGUUCUGUGAUCCCUGUUGCGAUCACAGACUUUCCUGGCAGAGACUGCAGUCGUGGUUUAUCCAGCAUCAUCAUGGAGAGAAAGCCCUGGUGUAAAUGACACCGUCAAAAGCACUCAUGUCUCAUUUCCUUUAAAAACACAAUCUUAAAAUGUGAGCCUCGGAUUGCUCCAGUUUGAUCUUUGUGUUGAGAUUAUUCCUCGUGUUUUUAAUGGGCCUCUUUGUGUGUCACUUUUGAGCCAACCAAAGCUUUCUUGGUGCAGUCGAACACAACAAAUCACACUGAAUGUACAUUGAUAUUUGAAACAGUUCUUCUGCUGGAGUGGUUGUGUGUCUUUUGUGUUCACAGUCUGAUUCCUGAUUGAUUGUAGGUGGGUUUACUGUCAGGGAACUAAACAAAAGUGUGGGAUACACCUCUUGUAAUCUGUCCACUGACAUGAGAGGGGAGGCUGGUUCAUUAUAAUCACACUUUCACUCUUAUCUCAACCUCACCAUCUCACCAUCAUGCUGUCAGCCUUCACAAGAUCUACUUUUUCUAACCCCAUUUGAAAGAUAUCAUCUACAUUUUUGUGCUUCCACGUCUUUAUUUAUUUUCAAGUUGCACAAGUGCAUUUUUUUUCUUCAAAUGACUUUGCAUUGUAUAUAACAUGAUUGCUGUGAACAGUGUAUUAUAAAGUUGCACCCAUUUUUAAAUCUGAAAUGGGCAGUAGUUCAGUCGGUGUCUCUGAGUGUUGGAGUUUAGCGUCAAAUGUUUGUGUACACUAAACACAUUGUCAUAUAUGAAAUAAACAUGGACAUUAUGCAACACAAAGAAA